AUGUGGUGUGAUAAUUGUCUGCUCAUAUUCCCUCUGAGGGCUGGGUCGAUGGCUUGGGCUGUGCUCGUUGCCGCCUAUAGUUUUGGGGGUGGCCUCUUUCUCCUCAUUAAAGGCCAAUACCUCUUUUUCUUUUACCCUGAAUGGUUCAUCUACGGUGGUAUUGGAUUAGGUGUCGCGGCGGUGGCAAUUAUCAACAUUUUGGCCCUUUCGAAUCGAUCGUACAUCUGGACACGAGUGUGCAAGUUCCUCUGGCCGUUCAUUAUUAUUAUUUCUGCUAUUCGAGCCAUUCUAAUGAUUGUGGAGCUCAACCGCGGCAAGGACAAGAUCGUCUGGGAAUGCAGUCAUGGAGGGCAAUUGUGGGAAGAAUCCGUAGCAAAUGCAAGCAAUUCUACAGAUUCUUCGAUGCCGAUCGGAUUCUGUGGUUCUGGAUUCUCGAGUAUCAACCUUGCAUUCAUCGUGACUCUUCUAGCGGACCUGGCAUGUCAAAUGUACAUGUUUUUCUUGAACUGGCGGUUCUCGAAACGGUUGGAACAUUAUUCAGGCAUGAAAGGGCCGUUCCGCGGCGGUUAUUACAAUGCAUAG